GUCAUCAAUAGCCUCCUACUCCAUUGCCUCCUCGAGUGCAAGCCAAGCCGAAGUCUAAGAUUUCUGCAUCUCGAAAACUCUCCCUGAAGAUGCUUUUGCUGCAAAGAGCCAUGGAGGAGUUGGAACAGGAGAUGGUCAGUCGUGAUGAGGAGAAGGUGAAAUAUCUGAGCGAGAAGCUUCCACCUCUUCAGAUAACUGGCCUCUCAAUGGAUGAGCUGCAGAAACUGUGUCGGCAACUCAAUGCCAAAAUCGAGGUAGUGGAUGAGGAGAGAUACGACUUUGAGGCCAAAGUGAAUAAAAACAACAGAGAUAUCCAUGAGCUGAAGCUGAAGGUGCAAGAUUUAGGAGGGAAGUUUAAGAAGCCCGCCCUGAGGAAGGUGCGCGUGUCUGCGGAUGAGAUGAUGAGAGCGCUGCUGGGCUCCAAACACAAGGGCUCCAUGGACCUCAGAGCCAACCUCAAAUCUGUAAAGAAAGAAGACAUUAAACAAGAGAAGGUUAUUUCGUCGGAGGUGGGCGACUGGCGUAAGAACGUGGAGGCCAUGUCUGGUAUGGAGGGCAGGAAGAAGAUGUUCGAUGCUGCUGGUGGAGGACAGUAAUAGGAGUGUAUAUAAGAGUGUGUAUAAUUGUGUAUAUGUAUGUGUGUGUGUGUGCAUUUGUAUUAGUGACGUGCAAAAUUAAAAUGAAUAAAAAGACCUGAAACGAGUCACCAGUAAAGUUA